UACAGGACCCCUCUGUUUUAACUGAUAUGGCUGCUGCAAUGUGGAAGCUUAAAUCACUGCACAUGGGCUUGUGGAUCUUCUUCCUGCUCGUCAACCUCCUUCCUGCAGCCAGGGCAGUGGUUGGGCACAGAGAGCCGUUGCCUGAUGAUAGUAGAGACAAUAUCACCAUUUUCACCCGGAUCCUAGAUCGGCUUUUGGAUGGAUACGACAACAGGCUACGUCCAGGGCUGGGAGAGAGUGUGACAGAAGUGAGGACAAACAUCUACGUGACCAGUUUCGGGCCGGUGUCGGAUACAGACAUGGAGUACACCAUCGAUGUCUUCUUCCGCCAGAGUUGGAGGGACGAGAGGCUGAAGUUCGACGGGCCCAUGCAUGUGUUACCCCUCAACAACCUCCUGGCCAGUAAGAUCUGGACUCCUGACACCUUUUUCCAUAACGGAAAGAAAUCGGUGGCCCACAACAUGACGACUCCAAACAAACUGCUGCGACUAGUUGACAACGGCACGCUUCUCUACACGAUGAGGUGA